CCUCUGCUGUCCGGGACAAAUACGGAAUUUCACUUCAUCCACAGCUUUACUCUCGUAUUCUGAAAAUCGGAAUUUCGGAGCCACGUCCUCCUCUCGUCCUCUUGGCCGAGCAUUUCCCCAAUCUGAGUUUCCAAGCCCUAACCAGUAGAGAGAGCUCCAACAAUGGAUGGACAUGACACAGACGACUCAAAGCAGAGCACUGCUGACAUGACCGCAUUUGUACAAAACCUUCUUCAACAGAUGCAAGCAAGGUUCCAGGCAAUGUCUGACUCCAUCAUCACAAAGAUUGAUGACAUGGGUGGUAGAAUAGACGAGUUAGAGCAAAGCAUCAAUGAUCUCAAAGUCGAGAUGGGAGUGGACGGUUCCCCGUCUCCAUCAGUCCCGCCCAAGCCGAAGGUAGAACCCAAGUCAGCCGAUGAUUCCGCAUAAGAUUGUUGACAGCACAUUGUCUGUUGGUUUAAAUUUUCUAGCCCCAUAACUCUGAAGAGUCUAUUUUUUCUUUUUUGUGGAUCCGGGAAGAAAAUGCAGUGUAGAAAGAAAUAUCUACUCAGACGAAGAUCAAUGUGAUUUUAUAUGAAACAUCAAACAAGGAACAUGUGAUUUCAUUAUCCGACCAAUUUCAGCUGGAAGAUUUAGAUAUUUUUCUUUUCA